UGUCAAAUUUAAAAGACCGCCAUUUUAUCGUAUCACAAAAGAUUUGGUUAAGUCUAUAUCUUUAUGAAACAUUGUGAUUUAAAUAUUCGCUUCGUUUUAUUAACAUUUUUAGCAUUAAAUAUUUUUCUUGAAAACAUGUUUACCAUGAAAGAAUAAAUAUUUAAGACUUGGAUACAGACUGCAUAAAAAAACGGUUGCAUUCUGAACGCUUCAAAUUUUGAGGUGAAACAAAUACGAGGGAAAUAUGGCGUUACAUAGCGUACCGCCAAAAAGAAAAGAAAUUUACAAAUACGAGGCACCAUGGCCAUUGUAUAGUAUCAAUUGGUCAGUAAGACCUGAUAAACGAUUUCGUUUGGCUCUUGGUAGUUUUGUAGAAGAAUAUAACAAUAAAGUACAAAUAGUUUCAUUGGAUGAAGAGACCUCUGAAUUUAGUGCCAAAAGUACAUUUGAUCAUCCGUAUCCAACUACCAAAAUUAUGUGGAUACCAGAUAGUAAAGGUUUGUUUCCGGAUCUCUUAGCUACAUCUGGAGACUAUUUAAGAGUUUGGAGAGCAGCUGAACCAGAAACUCAUUUAGAAACUGUUCUAAAUAAUAAUAAAAAUUCUGAUUUUUGUGCUCCUCUUACAUCAUUUGAUUGGAACGAAGUAGAUCCAAAUUUAAUUGGUACUUCCAGUAUAGACACGACAUGUACUAUUUGGGGACUAGAAACUGGCCAGGUUUUGGGUAGAGUUAAUAUGGUCACUGGCCACGUUAAAACGCAGUUAAUUGCUCACGAUAAAGAAGUAUAUGAUAUAGCAUUUAGUCGGGCUGGUGGUGGUCGCGACAUGUUUGCUUCUGUCGGCGCAGAUGGUUCUGUGAGAAUGUUUGAUUUGCGGCAUCUGGAACAUUCGACCAUAAUAUAUGAAGAUCCGCAACAUACGCCGCUCUUAAGACUUGCAUGGAAUAAGCAAGAUCCCAAUUAUCUUGCAACAGUUGCGAUGGAUGCAUGUGAAGUAAUUAUUUUGGAUGUUCGUGUCCCAUGUACACCAGUUGCAAGACUAAAUAACCAUAGAGCAAGCGUUAAUGGCAUUGCUUGGGCACCACACUCGUCUUGCCACAUUUGUACAGCUGGAGAUGAUCAUCAGGCACUAAUUUGGGACAUACAACAGAUGCCAAGGGCCAUUGAGGAUCCUAUUCUUGCUUACACUGCUGCAGAAGGAGAAGUGAAUCAAAUUCAGUGGGGUGCUACUCAACCUGACUGGAUUGCAAUUUGUUAUAACAAAGCGGCAGAAAUUCUCAGGGUGUAAAAAAAGAAAAGUAUUCUUUAUUAGGUUUAAGCCACUUUGCGUGUAACAAAGUUUUUCUUGCAAAUUAUCUAUUUAGAUUUAUUAAAUGCGUUUGACCUCAGUAUUUGUACAGAAUUUCGCCUUUGCUGUAAGUUUUUUUUAUACUUUUUUUUGUAUUUGUAAAAUAGACGUGUACAAAUACUAGCUAUUUUUUAAAAUAUUAGAAAUUCGAUGAAGGAAAUAUCUGAAACGAUUAACGAGUAUUUUUUUAAUAAAAAGUUUAUAUUAGUUUUAGUAAUUUUUUAAAAUAUCUAUUCAGAAUGGUUUCAUUAAUUUUGUGAAUUUGGAAUAAAUAAGAAGAGACUGAAUCGAUCUGAAAAUAUCCAGUAUGUGUACAUGUUAAUUUAACGAUAAUGUAGUGGUUUAUCAUUGUGUCACUGGUAUUUUAUGUAUCUAUGAUUCUCCCUGGUUGAAUAAUUGUCAUGCGAUCGAUUACAAUCAUACAAAUUUAAAAAAGCUCACUGAAUAAUUAAAAUAAUUAAAAGUUAAGUAAUAGCGUAAAGUUAGGUACGAUAAUAGUGAUGAACCACAUGUACAUUUAUAUUAAUGUAAAUGACCGUAAUCGAUGUAUCUUAUUUGCGUUAUAUACAUGAUGAUGUUCCAGGAAUAACGAAUUACUAGACUAUAGAACAUUUGAAUGACCAUUUUUCAUGAAAUAUAUAACAAAAUAAAAUAUAUCCAUUACAAUUGUAUAUAUGUACUUACAUAUUUACUUGAUUUUGUAGAAAAAAAAAUAUAUAUAUAAGUAGAAUACAAUAAUAAUAAAUUUUUCAUACAUGUUUUCAUUACAUUGAUAAUACAGAUUGUUGAAAAAUGUAUGAAAAAAUCACAUAAAAAUGCAAUGCGUAUUCGUACUUUAAUAAAAGAAAAAAUAUUGUCAAGUUCUUUUAUUAAAACGGAGUUAGUUAAAGUUAUAGCAGUAGUACUCGUGAUAUUAGUAUUAAUAAUGAAAUAUUUACUUACAAGCGUUCAAAAUUAUGAUCGAAAACAAGUCUUUUUAUAUAUUAUUAUGAUUUAAUUUCAUAAUUUUUAUCAUAAUUAAUAAUAGAGCUGUUAAUUAACUCUCUCUACGUAAUUUACUAUUUCUAUUCCAAAUAAUCUGAUAGGAUUUAUAAUUAGUACAACUUAAAUUUUAGAAAAGCACGAUUUAUAUUGGUACUCAAAUAUUUUAUAAUUUACAUAAUGAGCGAGAUGCAUUAUUUACAAUAAUGAAAUGUGUAUGCGAGACAAAAUAUUAACCAAUUGAUACAUUAAUUUUCCACGAUAAUCUCCCGUUCGUUUUCCACCGAAUAUCCGAUAACUUUACAGAUAUAAGAUUAGACUAUUAUAAUGCUAUCGCUACGUCAAUAAAUAUCAUUAACUCUGA